AUGGGUGCUCAUGAUGCAGCAUUGGGUGGGAAAUGUGAUGUCAUCACAGUUCUGUUAGAGUCGGGGUUUGAUGUAAACUGCAAAAAUAAAAAAGGAAAUACAAUGCUUCAUUUAGCGGCUUUAAAAGGUCACAGAGAAUUAGUGCAACUCUUGAUCAGUAAAGGGGCAAAUGUCAAUGACAAAGGCAACAUGGGUCGCACACCAAUACACAGAGCUGUUGAAUCUAACGAUGUUAGCAUAGUUCAGGAACUCAUUGAGAGUGCUCAUGAUGCAGCAAUCGAUGUGGAACGAGAUGCCAUCACAGUUCUGUUAGAGUCAGGGUUUGAUGUAAACUGCAAAAAUAAAGAAGGAAGUACAAUGCUUCAUUUAGCAGCUGGGAAUGGACACAGAGAAUUAGUGCAACUCUUGAUCAGCAAAGGGGCAAAAGUUAAUGACAAAGAUAAUGGAAGGUCGCACACCCAUUAA